AUGCACUUUGUCGAUGGAGGAGACAAAUUUAGCCUCAGAGACGAAAGGACCGGAGUCCAGGGAGGACACGGCGGCCAAACUGUCGUCCGGACCGGAAAACGCAAAAGCGACGAGACGGAAGAAACGGAAAAAAAUAACCGAAGAAAGAGACAGAGAGGGGCCAGAGGGAAGAAGCUCCGUGCGGGCGAGAGAUACGUUCCACCUCCGCAGAAGAGGAACCAGGGAGUGAGCUUCAGUCGGGAGCAUUUUAAAGAGACGGAGUACUACUUCGAGGGCGGCCUCCGCAAAGUGCGACCUUACUACUUUGACUUUACGUCAUACUGCAAAGGACGCUGGGUCGGGAAAAGCCUGUUGGAGGUGUUCAAGAGCGAGUUCAGAUCAGAGCCAGUGGAGUACUACCAGAGGGCCGCCAAAGAAGGCCGAAUCCGGCUCAACGACUUACCUGUGAAGGAUCUGUCUGUAGUACUCAAGAAUAACGACAACAUGAGGAACACGGUGCACCGACAUGAGCCGCCCGUGGUUGGCACACCCCUGCAGGUCCUGGUGGAUAACGGGGAUGUAGUUGUUGUUGACAAGCCUCCUUCCAUUCCCGUUCACCCGUGCGGCCGAUUCCGCCACAACACUGUGAUUUUCAUUCUGGGAAAAGAGCACGGCCUCUCUGAACUCCACACGGUCCACAGACUGGACAGGCUCACAUCUGGGGUGCUGCUGUUUGCCAGGACCUUGGAGACGUCAAAGAAACUGGACCAGCUGGUCAGAGACAGACAGGUUGAAAAGGAGUAUGUGUGCCGAGUGGAGGGAGAGUUCCCAGAAGGUGAGCUGAUCUGCGAAGAGCCCAUCCUGGUCAUUUCAUUCAAAAUCGGCAUAUGCCGAGUUGACCCCAAGGGAAAAGAGUCCCAAACAGUCUUCCAGAGACUUAGUUUUAACGGUAAAACCAGUGUGGUCCGCUGUUUACCCCUGACUGGCCGCACACACCAGAUCAGGGUCCACCUCCAGUACCUGGGCUUCCCCAUCCUCAAUGACCCCAUCUAUGGAUCCUCAGCUUGGGGCCCUCACAGGGGUAAGGGAGGACAGGUGGGGAAGAAUGAUGAGGAACUACUGCAGGCUUUGGUAGAGGGUCAUCGUACUCAAGAAAGCCUACACCUGCUGGAUAUUCCAGAUGGUGGCAUUGAAGCUGUACAAGAGUUGCUGAACGACAACAAAGUGUCUGAGGAAACAGAAAGCACGUCUGAACCUGAUAAAAGCAGAGAACGUCAGCAGAAACAGGUAGAUUUGUGUGACGGUGGCAAAGAGCAGGGCGCACAGGUGCAGAAAGACCGCAGUGACACGGUGAACCCGACGAGUUCCCACUGCGUAGAUGAUAACAUCCCACCCCGUGAAGAACCUCAGUGCAGUUUACCCGACGCAUCAAGUGGAAAUCAGACGCAAGCUCCGGGAACUCAAGACCCCCUGUGUAAAGAAUGUAAGCUUGUAAGACUGGAUCCCACUGAGAAAGAGCUCCUUAUGUAUCUCCACGCGUUGAGCUACAAAGGACCGGAUUUUGAAUAUUCAACAUGUUUACCAGAUUGGGCCAAAGAUGACUGGGUUGAAGCUGAUUAAUGCAGACCAACUCGUUUCAAUCACGACUGUUGAAUCAAAGUGUCGACGGAUGUCCUGUAAGACAUUUUGCUUGGAAGCUGUUGUCAUUUUUUAUUUUAUUUUUUUUGUACAUAUAAAUGCCUUACUAUAAUUAAUAGUUUAAUCUAUUUUAGCACCUUUCCAUGAGAGAGGGUGUUGAGAAAAUAAGCUUAGUUGGAUUUUUUUCACUUUAUAUUGAGUUUUUAUCGCCCACCCCCUGCCCCAACAGGUACAUAGGCAUCACCCUGUCCAUCUGUAUGUCCAUAAGUCCUAUAACGUGCAACUCCUAAGAAACCAGUCUGUGGAUUUCGGUGAAACGUCGCACAAUAGUAGCAUGCCAUAUGAAGACAUGCAACAAGGCAAAUAAUUCUGCUCCACCAUCUUUGUUUUUUAGAUAUAUUUGUCCUUUGUAUGUAUAAAACGGGCCAGUUGGGCUCUUCAGUACAGAGGUUGACCAGUUUCAUCAGAAAAUAUGUGCGACGUCUGAUAUACUUGUAUAAUACAGACAAACUGAGUCAUUUUUGUGAGCUUAAUUAAACAGCUCUUUUUAAUAACAAAAUAUCAGUUUGCAUUCAUUUUAACCUUAAGAUUGGUAACCCCUCAGAUAACUGCUUCAUAUUUUGAAUCGAAAACUUAAUUGAUUGGUAUCUUAUCCUGCCGAGAGAUUUAAUUGAUUGGUAUCUUAUCCUGCCGAGAGAUUUAAUUGAUUGGUAUCUUAUCCUGCCGAGAGAUUUCAUUGAUUGGUAUCUUAUCCUGCAGAGAGAUUUCAUUGAUUGGUAUCUUAUCCUGCCGAGAGAUUUUUAAAGUGGAUGAGAACUCAUUUAGGAGUUAUUACAGUUAAGAUGUCAAUGCCAAACGAGAUCUGAGGAGAAAGCUGGACAUGAUCAUGCUCACCGGCACAUUUGACACGGAGCUCUCCUUGUUGUCUUAAAAACGAUCGACCCCCUUAAAGGCAUUAUUUCAUCACAUUUUGGACUAUAAAGAUGACUCAUUUAAAUUUUGCGAUGGACUCGCUCAUUGCACAAACAUACAUUUAUAGUGGAGUGUUUUGAAAGACAUUUGGCACAUCAUGCUUUAGAUGUUCUGAGACUCGUGUGGUAGGUGCAGAUGGUUAUUAAAGGCUUUCUGGUCCUUAAAUACUGCCUUUCUAUUUUACAGUGAUGCAACAUGGUUUGUAUACUAAAUCUCAUUCCAGCAUCUUUCCAAAAUAAAAAAUAAAAUAA